GAGUAUUCAUUCCUCUACAACUUAUGUGUGCGUCUGUAUUAGUUUACUUUUAGCGAGGAAAAACAAUCUGCGACCCUUUGAGUGUUUUUUUUGUUUGUUUGUUUAUUGUUUUUAUUGUUUUAUUUUAUGCAAUUUCAGUGCCGUUUAGGUACGGGGUGAUUUAUUUCUGCGAGUUCUGUACUCAAGAUGGCGCCCUGGAAUCGAGUCGGGUUUUAGGGUUUGUUUCGCAAAGCAGAUUACUGAACCAAAAACAUGAAGACAAAAGAGCAGUGCCCCCAUCGCGCGCGAGCGUGUAACAAGCGUCGUUCAUUAACUGUUACUUUGUUGCGUCGCUCGGUGUUACAAAUUAACACGAAGGUUAAAACUGCAACAUUAUUCGCUGGAAACAAUUCAUACACAGAUACACACACGUGUCACAGAGUUACAGAUUUUACAGGACGCUCAUGAAACUAAAAUUAAUGUUACACCAUUCACAUAUAACUGAGAUAAUACGAGACUGUAGAUCAAUUAAACUUCAUUUUUAGAGUGCAUAGAGUGCUGUUUGCUAGAGCUUGUUUUGAGAAAGCUAGAGAUUUCCGAGCAGUUUCAUCAGUGCUCUGUGGGUAUGGGCUGUUUGUGAUGAAGCAGGAAGAGUUGGGCAGGCUGUGCUCGCAGUAAAGAGGCGGGGAAUGAGGAGGACUGAAGCGCAGAUUCUCAUCGGGACCGAGCUGAAUGUGGAGUUUGAUCUUCGCUGUUAUUGAGCUGAACGCAUCUGAGGAAUCUCUCAUUAUGGUGAUUAAAGUUUACAUCGCGUCAUCCUCCGGAUCAACAUCGAUCAAGAAACAGCAGCAGGACGUGAUGGGCUUCUUGGCAGCCAAUAAGAUUGAGUUUGAGGAAUGUGACAUCGCAGCUGAUGAAGAUAACAGGAAGUGGAUGCGAGAACACGUCCCCGAUGACUUCCGGCCGGCCACAGGGAACCCACUGCCUCCUCAGAUCUUCAACCAGGACACAUACUGCGGGAACUACGAGGCGUUCUUCUGUGCUCGUGAGGACAAUGCCGUGUAUGCGUUCCUGGGCUUGACGGCGCCUCCAGGCUCAAAGGAGGCAGAAGCGCUGUCUAAGAAAACGCAGAUGUGAUCUCGAGAAGCGGCUCCAGCAGAGCUGAAGAACUCCUGCACUUUCUGAUGAUUGAGUUUCUUUUCGUGUUGGUUCUUUUUUCGUUGCAUCCAUGAAAUGAUGUGAUGUGAUGAAUGUUAUGAGAUAUUUGUCCACUCAAAAGUCCAUCUUAUUGAUUAAACUGUUCAAACUGAAUAGAAAGCAUUUCUCCAGUUAUCCAAAUAGCGUAGAUGAGCAAAGUAGAUUUGAAUUGUUGUCAGGAUUUGACAGUUAAUCAUUAAUCAUGCAGUUUUUGUUAGGUUUAUGCUUGAAUGUUCUUGAUUAUGUAUGCGGUUCAAAUUACAUUUAAUCUGUGCAUAUAUUCAGGGUUUCUGUGGGUCUUAAAAAGCCUUGAUUCGGCCUUACACAAAUGAAAGCCUUAGGUCUUAAAUUGGAACAGAAAGUCUGACAUGAACAACAUCUGUAUUUUUUCUUGUUUUCUAUCCUUCAAAUUUAAUUUACUUGAGAUGCAACAAGAAAAUAUUAAGUUUUUAUUUUUUAUAUUUGUGUCUGUCUAUACCUUGCUUUCCUUUUGACAUAAUUAGAUUUUUCUGAGCCCAUUGGCAGAUAUGUGUCCCUUUUUUAAAUCAUAAAUUCAGUUCUUUUUGAUAAAUUUCUCAGAAAACAAGACUUUUUUAAUAAAAUGUUAGUUUUUGCAUCUAUCUUGAUUUAAGACUUUUUAGCACUAGAAAACAAGACAAAAAUACUACGGAAAUACUGCACUUUUGUGCAGUGUGAGCAGAAUACAGUAAAAUGUAUAUAUGUGAUCAGGUACAGUAAAAGUUAUUUUCAUAAGUUUUUUUUUGUUUUUGUUUUAAAUAAAAUGAAUUCUAAAGUA